UGCUGUUUUACCUUGAAUGUGCUAAAGAUGUGUUCUGUUUGCUUCAUUGAAAGAGCCUGUGUUCAAGACAGCGCAGCUGGAUCGGAUUUCAUUUCUAGCUCAACCAAAGAGGUCAAAGGCAGUCUGGGCCACAACACCAUGGGUGUUGACGUGGGGGACUCAGGAAUCGAUUCGUCCUCUGUCCCGUGCAGCCUUACAAGCCGUUCCGAGUCCCAGAAUAAAGGCUCUGGCUCAGCAUAAGAAAGACCUCGCUCUUCAGAUUCAGCUCAGGAAAGAGGAGGAGGAAGAGAGGAUGAUGAAGAGUCGGCGUCCGUCCUCUUAUUCAGAUCAGUAUGAACUCACCAGCAGACUGUCCACUCCUAGAACACGAGGACGAAGCGCUCAAAACCAGACUUCUCCUCAUUCUCCGCUGUGUGAUCAUGACUGCCCCAUCUGGCAUGUGAGUCCCAGUGUGAGGAACGCGAUCGUCUCUCCUCGAAUCCUCCACCUGGCGAACCCCAAACACAACCACCCGAACUUUACCAGCAACAGGCAGAACGUGCAGACCCUGAUCUCAUAUGCAGCUCAAACAGCUCGCAUGACGUCUAGACUCCAGCAGCUCUCCCUGCCCAGAGUGAGAGAGAACACACACUUCUGUGAGCCCGGACCACCAGAGAGCCCCAUCACACCCGUGUCCAGAGGAGCGAGAAAAGCCACGGCGAGCGCUCGAAUUCGCAGUUUAUCCACUCCUAAAGCUCUCUCCAAAGACUACGUCCCACCCAGAGACCCGAUGUGGCGCUCUUGAAGGACAUUCGGCACGUAAUGAUUAGGCAUGGGAAGAUAACCACUUUCAAGGUUUUAAAACCACUGACAUUUCCUGUGAUACUGUUUCUGUGGUUUAUGCAACACAGGCUCAUUCUGAAAACGUAGCCCUAUAUACAUUUCUAGAGAUUGUGAAUUAUGUAGCCAGAGGUACGUAUGGGUGCAUUAGGUCUCUAAAACGAAUGCUACGAGGCGGUAAGACGCCGUGCCUUUUCACGCUUACCAGCUGACCGUUUACCUCCAUAUGGACGGCUUUACUGUUACCAGUUUGCCCAGUGGCUCACCAUGUACGUCAGCAAACUUGAGCCGCAGAGAGGAGUUGACCACGACGACUGGGUUUGAGUCCGGUAAGACAAAAACAGCCAAGAAAAUACAAUAAACAAGUAAACAACAGGGUGAAAAUGUGGUAAAAUCUGAAAACAUGGUAAAAAUCAGCCGAGGGCUUUUCUUUUUCUGGAUUGAUUUUGAAAAUUGUUGGUAAGUGGGUGAGUGAGUCAAUCAAUACUAUUGGUUGGGUUUAGGGAAGGAGGAGGAUGGUGGGUCAGGCAAUCGAUCAGAAGGCUGACAGCGCCCUCUGGUGGAUUUACGUGAGAACAGCACUGAGAAUGCCACUCUUGAGAGACAUCUGAGAUCUGAAUGAACAUACACAGCGCCCUCUGGUGGAUUAGCGAAAACAAAAACUGCAAAAAACGUACCUCCUGGGAUGUAGGAUUAGACAUUUAAAUAAGGCAUUGACUAAAGCAGAGGUAUUAUG